AUGAGUUUCCUUGAUGAUCCCCUUACCAUAACAGAGGAAGAAAUAAAUGAACUUAAAGAAACUAUAUCAGGACUAACUAAUCAGGAGAGUACAUCAAUAAUAACAAAAAUCAAAGAAUAUUUCAAACAGCAAGAUCCAGUUGAACUAAAUAUUGCUGUGACAGGAGAGUCUGGAUCUGGAAAGUCCACAUUUGUCAAUGCUUUCAGAGGAUUGGGUGAUGAAGAUGAAGACUCUGCUGAAACCGGUGCAGUGGAAACUACCAUGCAACCUACAGUUUACUAUCAUCCAAAAUACCAAAAUGUGAAAUUGUGGGAUCUUCCUGGAAUUGGAACACCAAACUUCAAAGCCAAUAAGUACCUUAGACAGGUUCGGUUUGAACGCUAUGAUUUUUUCAUCAUCAUUUCAUCAGAUCGGUUCAGAGAAUGCCACAUCCAGCUCACCAAGGAGAUCUUGAAAAUGGGAAAGAAGUUUUACUUUGUUCGGUCCAAGAUCGAUCAAAACAUUGUUAUGGAAAAAUGCAAAAGAAGCUUCGACCAAAAAAGGAUCCUGGAUAAAAUUCGGGAGGACUGUAUAAAUGAGCUUAAAAGCAUAGGGAUGGAUGAUCCUGUUGUAUUCUUGAUCUCUAGCUGGGACCUUAGCAAGUAUGACUUCAAUUUUCUGCAGGAGCAGAUGGAGAAAGAGCUGGGCAAAGCAUGGAGACUCUGCAGGCACUGAUUACCUCAGUUUGGUAUAAAGGAUAUUUGACAGGUUCACUCUUAAGUGAACUGCGUGAUGCAACACUUCUUGUAUCUGAAGAUGCUGUUGAGCGUGUUUUUAGCUUUAUACCCAUGA